AUGGCUGUGUCACUCUCCUCCUCCUUGGGGACCCCCCACGCCAAGUACAGCGCCAUCGCCAAGUUGCCCAACCAAGACCGCCAUGUGGAAAAGAAGACGGUCAGUGUUGGCUCCAACGGGGACCUGCCUUCACUUCUUCACUUCCUUCCUUACUUCUCUGCGGUGUUUUUAUUCGGCGCUAGGGAACUGCCGUUCAUGUUUGGUGCCUGGUGCCUAUCGCCAGGUCUGGCCGGGAUGCCUAUCACAAACUACUUCAAGACACUGGUCUACGAGCUACUCAUUAUGCCAUUUGCUUUGAGAGGGGAUUCAGGUGCUUAA